AUGGGUCAUGAGGCAGACGUGGUGAUUGUGGGUGGUGGAAUAUGUGGGCUGGCCACUGCCCUUGCUCUCCACAGGAAAGGUAUAAAGAGUGUGGUGUUGGAAAGAUCAGAUACAUUGAGAGCAACAGGAGCUGCAAUCAUCGUCCAUGCAAAUGGAUGGCGUGCGCUUGAUCAGCUUGGCGUUGCCUCUGUGCUCAGACAAACUGCUUAUCCCCUACACUCGGUGCAAUUUAUACCAGUCCAUGAUGACAACAUUGGCAAGCGCAAGGUAAAGCCUUAUGGGGAAGAAGAGUUGCGAUGUUUGAAAAGAACGGAUCUAAUUAAAGUUUUCGCCGAUAAUUUGGCCCCAAACACUGUACGAUUGGGAUGCCAAGUGGAGUCAAUCAAAUUGGAUCCUAUAACUUCUUUCCCAGUUCUUCAACUUCAUGAUGGAAGCACACUCAAGGCCAAGGUUGUGAUUGGAUGUGAUGGUGUGAACUCUGUGAUUGCAAACAUGUUUGAGCUACAUCCUACUAGGGUUUCCCCAGCAUGCGUGGCAAGAGGAUUCACAAAUUAUCCAGAUUGUCAUGGAUUUGAAAAAGGGGUACUCAUAUUCAGACAUGACAAUGUCCAAUUAGGACGAAUGCCAAUCACUGACAAGUUGGCUUAUUGGUUUCUAGUAAGAGAAUGGACUUCUCAAGAUUCAGUGGUUUCAAGAGAUCAAGCACUAAUCAGAGAGUCAACAAUGCAGUCACUUAAGGGUUUCCCAACUGAUGCAUUGGAGAUGAUAAAGAGAAGUGACUUGGACUCGUUACGUUUCACGGGCUUGAAAUAUCGAGCACCGUGGGACUUACUACGAGGACAGUUCCGAAAAGGAACUGUAGCACUUGCCGGAGAUGCAAUGCACGCAAUGUGUCCAUUCAUUGCUCAAGGAGGCUCAGCCUCAUUAGAAGAUUCAGUUGUGCUUGCUAGAUGCAUAUCAGGGAAGAUGUGCAAGAGCAGAGUUGAUAUAGAGGAAGCACUUGAUCAAUAUGUGAAAGAAAGAAGGAUGAGAGUGUUCUGUCUGUCUUUCGAAACAUACCUUGUGGGGAUGAUGAAUUACGGUCGGUUUGCGCUGGCUAGAGUUUUAGGCAUCAUACUCCUGGCUAUCCUCUUCAGAGAUUCAUUUGGCCACACCCACUUUCACUGUGGCCAACUCUAAACUGUCUAAAUUUGGGUGUUGUAUUUCUAAAGCGGUCAGCUUCUUUUUAAGUCUAAAUUUGUGUCACAGUACUUAUUUGUUAAUCAAGAUGUGCACCUCCCUUGAACUCAU